AUGGAAAGGAAACUGCGGUAUCUCGAACGAGAAAUUAAGAAAGAUCAGAUUCCUAUGUUGGACACAGGAGAGAACCCUGACGCUCCUCAGCCACGUGAAAUGAUUGAUUUGGAGGCGACCUUCGAAAAACUCGAGAAUGAGUUGCGUGAAGUGAACAGGAAUGAGGAAACACUCAAGAAGAACUUCUCUGAAUUGACUGAAUUGAAACAUAUUCUUAGAAAGACGCAAACUUUUUUCGAAGAGGUAUGUUUUCCAAAGUACUUAAAUAUCACGUGUGAAAGCAACGUUCAAGCUGCUUCUAAGCGAAAUUUCUUUGUUAGUUUCUGA